GAUGGCCAGGACGGCAUGGACAAGAGUCUGGACAAUGAUGCCGAGGGAGUGUGGAGUCCAGACAUCGAGCAGAGCUUCCAGGAGGCGCUGGCGAUCUACCCACCCUGCGGCCGGAGGAAAAUCAUCCUCUCCGACGAGGGCAAGAUGUACGGUCGUAACGAGCUGAUCGCCCGCUACAUCAAGCUGCGAACGGGGAAGACGCGGACGAGGAAGCAGGUCUCUAGCCACUUGCAGGUUCUUGCCCGACGGAAAUCUCGUGAGAUUCAGUCCAAGCUGAAGGCCAUGAACUUGGACCAGGUCUCCAAGGACAAGGCUCUGCAGAGCAUGGCUUCCAUGUCCUCAGCACAGAUCGUGUCUGCCAGCGUCCUGCAGAACAAGCUCAGCCCCCCUCCUCCUCUUCCUCAGGCCGUCUUCUCUGCUGCCCCCAGGUUUUGGAGUGGGCCUAUCCCAGGACAGCCUGGACCCUCUCAGGACAUUAAACCGUUUGCACAACCAGCUUACCCCAUCCAGCCACCCAUGCCUCCAUCACUAGCCAGUUACGAGCCCCUGGCUCCGCUCCCGCCAGCUGCCUCGGCCGUGCCGGUCUGGCAGGACCGCACCAUCGCCUCCUCCAAGCUGCGGCUCCUCGAGUACUCCGCCUUCAUGGAGGUGCCCCGGGAUGCCGAAACGUACAGCAAACACCUCUUCGUGCACAUCGGCCAGACGAACCCCUCGUACAGCGACCCCCUGCUGGAGGCCGUGGACAUCCGCCAGAUCUACGACAAGUUCCCCGAGAAGAAGGGCGGCCUCAAGGAGCUCUAUGAGCGCGGGCCCCAGAACUCCUUCUUCCUCGUCAAGUUUUGGGCGGAUCUGAACAGCACCAUCCAGGACGGGCCAGGGACCUUCUAUGGUGUGAGCAGCCAGUACAGCAGUGCAGAGAACAUGACCAUCACCGUCUCCACCAAGGUGUGCUCCUUUGGGAAGCAGGUCGUGGAGAAGGUGGAGACGGAGUACGCGCGGCUGGAGAACGGCCGGUUCGUCUACCGCAUCCACCGCUCGCCCAUGUGCGAGUACAUGAUCAACUUCAUCCACAAACUCAAGCACCUCCCCGAGAAGUACAUGAUGAACAGUGUCCUGGAGAAUUUCACCAUCCUGCAGGUUGUUACCAACAGGGAUACCCAGGAAACCUUGCUCUGCAUUGCCUUCGUUUUCGAGGUCUCCACCAGCGAGCACGGCGCCCAGCACCACGUGUACAAGUUGGUCAAGGACUAG